AUGAACGGGAAAUUGGACCACCAUUGCUCCCCAGCUGGAUCACAGGAAAAAAGGUUUAUGGGAGGAGGGGACUGUUUUAUGGAGGCUGUGCUGCUACUUUUUGUGGAGUUUCGGAGAGGAGAGAUGAAGGUAGGAGGCGGGUUUACGCAACAUCCCGGGGUGAGGGGAUUGAGGGGAUUGAGGGGCGGAUGUGAUGGGGGUGGUGGUGGUAGUGGUGGUGGUGGUGGUGGUGGUGGAUCGUGGACAUGGAGUAGAAGGAAGGGCAACAGUAAGUCAGUAAGUCAUGAGGACCCGCGCGCGCAUGCAGAGCGUAGGUACGGUACUCUACUGCUCAUGACCAGGCCAAUAUGA